AGCACUUGACAAAAUACAUACAAAGCAACACCCAACCGAACUCACAAAACCUAAGAGAACUUAACGAAGAACAAGGAAGACCUGAUACUGACAUGGCAAGAGACAGCUGCUUGGCUCGCGUCACUGCCGGUGCCGCCGUAGGAGGUGCUGUUGGCGGCGCCGUCGGUGCUGUUUAUGGGACUUAUGAGGCUAUUAGAUAUAAGGUUCCAGGAAUGCUGAAGAUCAGAUAUAUUGGGCAGACCACUCUAGGCAGCGCAGCAAUUUUCGGUCUUUUCUUGGGCGCAGGGAGCUUGAUUCAUUGCGGGAAGUCAUACUAACCAUUCUUUAGUUGUGUUUAAACCCUGAGAUUGUAUUCUCAGGAUUGUGUUAGCUUUAGAAAGGUGUAUAACAGUUUAUAAGCCUCGGUUUUUUCUUUGAGUUUGUCUCUCUAGCCUUAGUGUGGGUGAAAAUUUGAAAAUAUAUGACUUCAAUUUGAGGAUGUGACAAAAUAUUUUUGCUUUACCAUUUUGUUUCUCUCUCAUAAAA